UAUUUUUUUAACAGAAAAAAAAGAAAAUCAAGCUACUUUUGGUUAUUUUCCAUAUUUAUUUUCUUAUGUAAAUCAUAUUUAUAAGUGCUAUACAGGCAGAGAAGUGAUUCUUUGUAAAUUGUACAUAUUUAUAAUUUUUGUUGUGAUCGCAUGUCAUUGUAAUGGAUCUAAAGAAAGGGCAACAUUAAUAUUAUGGCAAAAACAACUAUGAUAACAUAUGCGUAUAAAAACACAUACAUGUCGGAAAAGCAGCGAGUUGUAGUUUGUACUUUUUUAAAAGCUGCUGUAUGUACAGCGGCACCAUCGUUAAAAUAAAUGUAACCCUUGGUCGAGCAGACAAACCUAUCAUAGAACACCGAUGAAGGCUGGUUUCGACAACAAGUCUUUUUCAGCAUUUUACGAUGGUGUUUUGUAGUUAUGGGUGAUCUAGCUACGGCAUCCCAAUAGCUAAUCGGUAGCAUAAAUGCUUGUAUUUUACUAGCUUCGUUUAGCAGAGGUAUGUUUUUUGUAGCGGUUUGCUACUGUCACAAUAUAUAAGUAUCUCCUUUACAUGCUAUUGUUUUUAUUUACUAGAUAAACAGUAAACUAUGAGGUGAACUUUCCAAUGAUUAUUUAAAAUAUUCUAAACCACACAUGACAAAUAACAAAAACAUGGCUUUUAUUGUAAUGUCUUGUAAUUCCAUUAGAGACCACAAGAUGUCACCAGUACCCCGCUAAUUAAGCGUAUGCCUUCAAUUUAGUCCUGGCCCUUUGAAUUAAAGCUUUUGACAGCCUCGAACCAGCAUCCAGCUGCAACAGGUAUCUUUAUGCCCUUAUAAGAAUUUCUGCUAGUAAAAGUGUGGCAAAGUGUAAUCACAGUAAAGCAUAUGUAAGCACUGUAAACACAUAGAGGUAUAGUAAAGCAUAUCAGAAACAUGAUAAAUGCUUAGUAUAACCAUGGUAAAAGCAUAGGGGGAACUGCACAAUGAGUGUGUUGCAAUAUGUGUCUAUGUGUCUAACUUGUAUGACAAUGGCAUGAAGCGGUGCACACUGGUAAUCCACAGCAGCUCUAUGACGAUAGCAUGUCUCCUCCACUGUGCUACUGGAGCGGUGCAAUAACUACAGUCCAUUGUGUUGCCAUUGCUGUGCUAUGCAGGUAUUUGUGCCUAGAUAUCCAUGUGAUAACAACCUGGCAUUUCAAUGCUAUGCUGGUGCUAUUUUUUAAAAAAUAUCUCUGAGUCCUCUACGGUAAUCUGAUUGGUCUACGUACAUUCCAGGAUUUUCACAUUCUAUUUCAGUAAGGUCACAUAUGCAAGCAUUUGGGAGUCCUACUGGGCUCGGCUCAGCCCCCACCCCGCGUGGAUUAGCUUUGCUUGCUUAAAAAAUGGUUAGGCAGUACCAUACACCCCCACCUUGAACGCAAAUACAAAACAAGAUCUAUCACUAUCAUUAAAAAAAACACUUCCCCAGAUUCUGAAGUCCUCAAUACCUUGUGCUAAAGAAUGUCCUUACCAAGUUUCAUCACAAAAGACCACACUAGGGGAUAAUAGGUAAUGGGCAAGGGCAUAACUAUACAGUAUCUGUAGGUCUGAAUAUAUAUGGUACAGUAGAGUAAAAGACGCCCAUGCAUCUUUAAAAACAAGCUCCCUGUGCAUUCAUAUCACAGCACAGACACACUAUUAGGUGCUAGUGCAUCACUGUCACAUGUGCUCACCCUCCUCAUGCCUUUGUUAAUAUAGAUGACUAUUAAUAGCACGACUCCAGCCCUUGCCAAAGUUGCUCAGCUGCAUUGCUGCAUAAGUAACUUUUGCUGGCAGAGCACUGCACAGUGCAAGUCUGAUGUGUCUGGCUAUUAGAUUGGGAGAAGACUGAGGAAGGACCAGGGAGGGGCACUGAAUAUGGUACAGGAGCUGAGAUUCCACAGGGACAGACCCCAAGUCAAUUCAGGGAACUCUGUUGCUGCACGGAAUCUGUGAGAGACUGGGAAACUGCACUUUGGAAUUUCAAUCACCAUUCUACACAUGCACAGACAGAUAGAAACCAGCAGCAGGGCCUAUUGCUCAAUCUACUGGGAUUGAAUUCUGCUGCAUGGCAUUACUGUGCUCUGGACAUAAACGGAUUGCAAUAUCUAAUUGUAGAAGAGGUUAAUAUUAACUGUUUUGUGUUUAUUGGAAGGGCAAAGGGAAUUAAGAACAGCCCAGAACACUCCACGUUUAAAAAAAAAGGUCUCAGUAGACUGCUGUUCCUGUCACUGAAGCCUCUCAGUGUCAGGCAUGGAUUCUCAAGGACCCUAUCUGAACCUGAAUGCCGUGGCCUCCCCGGUGGGCGUGGCCCGGGUGUGGCAGAUCAUUUUCAGCUGUGUCACCGUGAGCCUGGUGGCGCACCAGGCGGGCUUCAACGCGGCCUACGGAACCUUCUGCAUGUUCGUGUGGUGCCUCUGCCUCACCACGACGGCCUGCGUGGUCGCGCUGGAGUUCACGCGGCUGCACACCUGCCUCCGGCUCUCCUGGGACAACUUCACCAUCACCUUCGCCAUGCUGGCCACACUCAUGUGUGUCACGGCCUCCGUGGUCUACCCCAUGUACUUCCUACAGGCGCAGUGCCCUCACGAGGGCUGUGAGGUCCGCAACUACCGCAUUGCCGUCACCGUCUUCUCCUGUUUGGCCUCCGUGGCUUACCUGGCUGAAGUCAUCAUUGCCAGGGCCAAGCCUGGCCACGUGUCGGGCUACAUGGCCACUGCGUCGGGCCUCCUCAAGAUCAUCCAGGCCUUCGUGGCUUGCAUCAUCUUCGGGGCGCUCGUCAACGAGAGCCAGUACAGCCGCCACGCGGCCACCCAGUACUGCGUGGCGGUCUACAGCUUCUGCUUCGCCGUCACGGUGAUCGUGGUCCUGCUGACUGUCUCAGGGAAGACGCCCCUGCUGAGGUGCCCCUUCGACCGCUUCGUGGUGGUCUACACGUUCGUGGCCGUGCUGAUGUACGUGAGCACGGCCGUGAUCUGGCCCGUGUUCUGCUUCGACAAAAAGUACGGCAGCCCCAGACGGCCCGACACCUGCACACGGGGCAAGUGUCCCUGGGAGAGCCAGCUAGUGGUGACCAUCUUCACCUACAUCAACCUGGUCCUGUACAUCGCUGACCUGGCCUACUCACAGAGGAUUCGUUUCAUCACCCAACCUUAAGACUGUUCACCUGGGACACCUCCAACCGUGUGGACACUAGCGCCAGCAAUAAUAGUCCAUUUCUGAUAUUGUACUAAAUCAUGCUAUACCAUCAUGUACAAAACUGCAGAAGUAGAUUACUUUUUCCAGAUGGGAAACUGUGUCUAAAUGAUUCUUCACUCUAAAAGAGGACCAGGGACUAGUAACAACCCUGCAUGGAGAUCUUCUGACAUCCAUUACUCAUCAACCUGAGAAAGCAGACUGUGCUUGGUAAAUGUGUUAAAUACGUUACAGUUUGAGAGAAAUGCCAAACUUCCCAGUAAUAACCCUGUGUUAUAUAGAUGUUUGCUUGUUGUUUUAUGCAGUGAUUGUAUGUAAUUUCUACUAUUUCCAAGGGGCAUGUAAUGCACAGUCCCCUCACAAGCUACUCUGAGGUGCCAGUAACUGGAGUUUACUGCCUGGAUAUAGUGCUGGGACAAACAUUAAAAAAUUCAAACAAAAACUUGAUCAUUUGUUCAUGUCACUCAGAUGCAAAAAUGUCCAGGAAACUGGAUGUUUAUAGUGUAUCCAGUGCACUAUUAUAAUCAUUGAUUCUAGAUUUGCUGAUUCUGCUGAUCAGUAUAUUAGAUUUUUACCUGUCUUAGUAAAACCAGAUCGAUACAACUUGACCCUGCUGUAUCUAUUGGCUGCAAAGAAAGCUGUUUGUCUGUUUGUGAAUGUGUAUAUGUUAGUCUUUCUGAAAAAGAAUUAAAGAAAAAAGA